AGGGCGGGAGGAUGUGCUGCUACACCUGAGAGACGGAAACUGUGAAACACUGUACUGUGGAGACGUGUGUGGACCAGACUAUAACCUGGAAAACAUGAAGUGGACUUUACUCUUGGUAUAAAUCUUCAGAGAUGGAAUUGUGGAUAUGUAUCAUGUGACACCUGAACUAUUCCCCAGAAGCGGUCAGCAUGUCGUCAAACUCUUCGGAUGAUAAUCUAUGUGCACCAAAGGACAACCUCUGCAUAGUCCGCGAGUACGAAAAAGCCGUGAUCAUCUUGCCUACGCUGUUCUUCGCCUCUUUCAUCUUCAUCCUUCUGGCUCUGUUGUUCCUGACGUAUUGUCGUGAAUGCAAUCGCGCACGAGCGACUGUUCCCGAUCAGUACCAGCAGACCACCCACAGGCAAAGCCACAGGCAGCACCUACAGGGCAUCGAUGCGCCACCUGGGCUGAACCCGCUGGAACACGAAGAGCUGCCAUUGUCGGUUCAACAGAUCAAACCCACUGUCAAUGCAGUACCACAAGCAGCCACAGAGAGGCAGCAUGGCGCUUUUAGCCAGGUGAUGAGUCUCCCGUUAUCUUUCUCCAUCAACUCCGGCGACAGUUUUGACCUCUACAGAGCUCGCAUGGAUGGAAAGAACGUCAUCCUGAGGGUGCUCAGAGAAAGGGCAAAUAACUUGGAGAAGCAGUACUUUCUUGGAUUUGCAUCGUUCCUGUCUGGACUGGGGCGACACCACAACCUGCCAGCGCUCCUGGGCGUGGUUUCGGUGCAGUCGCCUCUAAUGAUGGUGAUGGAGGAGUUGCAGCACGGAGACCUGUUGGGAUUUCUCUGGAGAUGUCGACAGGAUCAUUCAGGUGGAGCGUCUUCAUGUGACCUCACGGAGAAGAAUAUUUUCACCAUGGCAGGACAAGUGGCCUCAGCACUGGAGUACCUGCACAGUCAGCGUUGUAUACAUGGUAAUGUGGGAGCCCGAAGCGUUCUUGUGGGUGGAGCUCUGACGGCGAAGCUUUGGGGAUUAGGCCCCGCCUACCGCAGGACACAGGCCAGUUCUCCAGGAGCACUGGAGGUGAUGGAGUUAAGAAAGUGGCAGGCGCCUGAAGUCCUGGCCAGAGGAGACCUCAGUCAGAGCAGCGACGUGUGGUCAUUUGGUAUCCUGCUCUAUGAGAUGGUCACACUGGGCGACCCUCCGUUUGCUGAACUCAUGGCGACUGAACUGCUGCAGUACCUCCAGCGAGGAAAAACCCUGAAAAAAACAGCCACCUGCUCCACCUCACUGUUUUCCAACAUCCGGUUCUGCUGUCAAUGGAGCCGUCAGCAGCGUCCGUCCAUGUCUGAACUGAUCCGCAAGCUUCACACUGGGGAGAAAUCAGCCAAUGGGACCACAGUCCUCAGAGUCGCUGAACCCCUGGACAUUGGGAAAUACCUGAGGGAGGCAGGAUAUGGAGAAGCCUACAACUACGCUGUGCUCUGAUUGGAAGACUCUUCCAAGUCACCGGACAGAUUUUGCACUACACAAGUGACUUGGAUAAAGUUUGAGAAGGCCGGGGUCUGGUCUCUCACUCAUAUGGUAAAACAUUGGGAAGGAUGCGGAAAAUAUUAAGACUUGAUUCAAAGUGGGGCAUUUUGGGCCUUGCACUUAAAGGUUUUUGUAAAAAUUAUUUUAUCAUUUUAUUUUUGUGUUGUUAAUGUAAAUCCACCAAACAAAAUAUGAAAUGAUGUUCAUGCACCUUUUAUAUUGCUGGACUUUUAUAACAUCCUUACGUUAUAUGUUUAAAGAGUAAUACAAGCAAAGUGCCGUGCAGUGGCGCAAAGCUCGCUCCAUGGUACAGGGAGUCCCAAACAGGAAAUGCGGAAUUUUGAGUCCACAGUGAAACAGGAAAUGUCAAACGUCAAACACUUCCUGUAUCAACAUUUCCUGGAUUGACAGACGAGAUCCCAUG